GGGCAAGGGCAUAAUAUCCGAAGAAAACAACAACUGCUGCAUAAUGGAGCAGGAAAAAAGCUGCGAAGAGGCUAAGCCCAAAAUGACACGCGAUGAGUAUUUUGCGGCCCUGGAAAAGUGGCUGCAGGACGCUUAUAUGUGGCAAUGUAUGAACGCCUGGUUCCCUUACAUGUUGAUGAACCAACAAGUCAACCAGCCGCAGAGCAGGACAGCUCCAACUGCACCUGCACCACCUGGGGCGAUGCCCUUUCCGUGGCAAGCAGGUGCCCAGGGAUUUCCUAAUGCCAAUGUUCCUCCGACAGUCAUUGGUGGUCAGAGUGUACCUCAGCAGCCUCAAGGAAUCGAGUGCCAAAUUCCUCCAAUGUGGAAAAGAUUUUUUGCCGAAUUCCUUGACUUCCUCAUCUUAUUCUCCUUGAAGAUGAUUGUAACCUUAGUCGCAGUUGAUUUAUUCGAGCUCAUAGAUAUUGAGCAAUAUGAUUUUAUGCGACUCCUGACAAUGGACACGCAAAAUAAAAUGGACUACAACAUGGCCCUGAAGAUGACAACUGAAAUUCUAGUGCUUGAAACCAUUCACAGAAUUGUUGUUUGCAUUUAUGAGGGGUUUUGGCUUGCACAAGGAGGAGUUGGUCUUGGAAGAAUUGGAGGAGCCACUCCAGGAAAGAGCAUAAUGGGACUAUGUGUUGUUAACUGCUCCUCUGUAGCCAGUGUUCCAGGGCGUACAACCGUUCUAGUUAACCCAGCUACAAGACUGAACCUCGGAGUAGCCAUUGCACGAUCGAUCAUCAAAAACUUUGUCCUUGCGUUCUUCUUUCCCAUCUGCUUUACGUCCCUCAUCUUUCAACACAAUAGAGCUAUUCAUGACACAUUAUGCAAAACAAUUGUUAUAGAGGACCCAGCUCCUCGUCGUAGAUUUGUGUGAAACGUAUUAAUUAGUCCUAUCUCCGUCAUUAUUGUAUCCAUCAUUAAGUUUUUGUGAUAUAUAUUAUGUAUCUUUAAAUUAUUAAAAUUAAUCGACUUAAGAUCAUUUA